GCCUAUAUUGCAGACAUGCUCUAACCUAGAAAGAUAAUAAGCAACCCUAUUGGAAACAAUUUAAUAGUUUUAUUAAUAUAUUACAUAACAGUCAUCUAAGAUGACAAUUUUAAAUCUUCUCAAGUCACCGCAUAGGUUCAAUAAAUUGACCGGUUACGUAAAAAGUAUAUCAGAGAUCUCGAAAUGUAUGAAUUCCAAUGGAACGAAAUAUGCAGAACAUAUGCAAAUAGAUAAAAUUAGAAACAUUGGUAUAUCAGCUCAUAUUGACUCUGGAAAGACAACCCUCACUGAGCGAAUACUGUUCUAUACUGGUCGAAUCCAAGAGAUGCAUGAAGUUAAAGGAAAAGAUAAUGUAGGUGCUGUGAUGGAUUCAAUGGAGUUGGAAAGACAAAGGGGCAUUACCAUUCAAUCUGCUGCUACUUACACAGUCUGGAAAGAUCAUAACAUUAAUAUUAUUGACACUCCUGGGCACGUUGACUUUACUGUUGAGGUGGAACGCGCUUUGAGGGUUUUGGAUGGAGCUAUUCUUGUCCUUUGCUCUGUGGGUGGAGUUCAAAGUCAGUCCUUGACUGUAAACCGUCAAAUGAAACGCUACAGUGUACCGUGCUUAGCGUUCAUAAAUAAACUUGAUAGAAUGGGAGCUAAUCCUUAUAGGGUUUUAUCCCAGUUACGCUCGAAAAUGAACCACAAUGCGGCUUUUAUUCAACUUCCAAUUGGAGUUGAAUCGAACUGCAAAGGUCUCGUUGAUCUGAUCGAACAGAAAGCUAUUUAUUUUGAAGGAGCUUAUGGUGAAGAGCUUAGGUACGACGAGAUUCCUCAAGAUAUGCGUACAGAGAGUUCCGAAAGAAGGCACGAAUUGAUUGAGCAUCUUUCUAAUGCUGAUGAAAUAUUGGGAGAGAUGUUUUUGGAAGAGAAGGCGAUUGGCGAAAAUGAUAUUAAAGAAGCUGUGAGGAGGACCUGCUUGAAAAGGACUUUCACUCCUGUUCUUGUAGGAACUGCAUUGAAGAACAAAGGAAUCCAACCAUUGCUAGAUGCAGUUUUAAGGUAUCUGCCAAAUCCUGGUGAAGUAAUGAACACUGCUUUAAAAGAAUCUCCAGGAAAGGAACCUAUCAAAAUCGAUUUGGAUCCUUCAAGGAAUGACGUAAAUCCAUUUGUUGCAUUAGCUUUUAAACUGGAAGCUGGCAAGUUUGGUCAAUUGACUUAUAUGAGAUGUUAUCAAGGUAUGUUGAAGAAAGGAGAAACUAUAUUUAAUGCACGUACGACACGUAAAGUGAGAAUAUCAAGAUUGGUCAGAUUGCAUUCAAAUACUAUGGUAGAUGUGAAUGAAGUGUUUGCUGGUGAUAUAUUUGCCUUGUUUGGAGUUGAUUGUGCUAGUGGAGAUACUUUUGUCACAGAUCUCAAACAAGAAUUAUCAUUGGAAAGUAUUUACGUCCCUGACCCGGUCGUUUCCAUGUCUAUCAAUCCAAGCAACUCGAAGGAUCGUGACAAUUUUUCCAAAGCUGUCGCUAGAUUCACUAAGGAAGAUCCUACUUUCCAUUUCUACUUUGAUAACGAUAACAAAGAGACUAUAGUAUCUGGUAUGGGUGAAUUGCAUUUGGAAAUCUAUGCGCAAAGAAUGGAACGCGAGUAUAAUUGCCCAGUUGUAUUGGGAAAACCAAAGGUGGCAUUCAGGGAGACAUUGGUCAACCCCUGUGAAUUUGAUUAUCUCCAUAAGAAACAAUCUGGAGGUCAAGGACAAUUUGCUAGGGUAUGUGGUAUCUUAGAACCUCUGCCGCCACAGAAGAAUACAUUGCUCGAAUUUACCGAUGAAACAGUCGGUACUAACGUACCAAAACAGUUUGUACCUGGAGUGAAGCGUGGUUACCACGCAUUGGCUGAAAAGGGUUUAUUGACCGGAAAUAAAUUGUCCGGUUUGAAAUUCAGGUUAAUUGAUGGUGCUCAUCAUAUCGUAGAUUCAAGUGAAUUGGCCUUCUUCUUGGCUGCACAAGGAGCAAUAAAAGAAGUGUUCGAAAAUGGAAUUUGGCAAGUAUUAGAACCAAUCAUGGCAGUAGAGGUUACUGCCCCCGAUGAGUUCCAAGGCGCCUUAAUUACGCAACUAAACAAAAGACACGGAAUUGUUACCGGAAGUGACGGCACCGAGGGUUGGUGCACGAUCUACGCGGAAGUACCAUUAAACGAUAUGUUUGGAUAUGCGGGAGAGUUGAGAUCCAGCACCCAAGGUAAGGGUGAAUUCUCAAUGGACUACAGCAGAUAUUCACCGUGCUCACAAGAACUGCAAGAUAAAUUAAUCGACGAGUAUCAAAGAUCGAUGGGACUCUUACCUGACAAAGACAAGGCGAAAAAGAAGGGAAAGAAUUAAUAACUGGUGUUAUUAAAGUAAUAUUUAUUAAUUGCAUACAAUUAGACAAAUUGAUUCCAUUUAGUCAUAUUGUAUAUACGUGUAACGUUUAAAUAUAAUUUUGUUUUUUUUU